AUUCCCAUGACGUCGCCUAGGCCCCGUCGGUCUACGAUCUUCUAUGAGCAAGACACCAAUACAUCGUCAGUUAUCUAAAGAUCACCGUACUGGUUUGCUGGAUUGCGUCAACUUAGGCUCGAUCUCGCGCUGGGAAAAGCAAUACCAAGCCGUAGUAUCAAGCACGUCGGAUCGCUCCGCACAGGAGUAUCAUCUAGGACGUUGCCUAUAUAAUCAAAGGGGUCGUGUUUAGAAUUUCAAGGAUCUUGCUGUACUAUCAUAGUCUUUCUGCAGAUAACAUAAGUCAUGGAUGCUCCAGCACGAUUCUCCUUCGACCGCGGUGUGCCUGCCGCGCAGUACGACGAAAUGGUCCGUCGUGGAUCCAUUGCGAAAGGAGGUAGGACGGGCACGACAUUCGUGUCCAGUGGUGUCGACGAGGAGUUCUACAAACCCAUCGCCCAGUACGAAGGCAUCCAUCGAUACGACCCCUACUUUGAGUGGGAACCCCAGGAGGAAAAGAAAGUUGUCCGCAAGGUCGACAAGCGAAUUUGUACAUGGGUCUGCCUUAUGUUCUUCGCUCUCCAGCUUGACAGAGGAAACAUCACUCAGGCUUUGAGUGACAACAUGCUGGACGACUUGAAACUCACUACGAACGAUUACAACUAUGGACAAACUAUCUUCUUCUUGUCUUUCCUCUGUGCUGAACUACCCUCGCAACUCAUCUCAAAAAAGCUCGGACCUGACCGAUGGAUCCCAAUCCAAAUGGUCGCUUGGAGUUUAGUCGCUGCCAUGCAAGCAUUACUGAGCGGAAGAAGCUCAUUCUACGCUUGUAGAGCUUUACUUGGCCUCAUUGAAGGUGGCUUCAUUCCCGACAAUAUACUCUACCUGAGCUACUUCUACACCGGCACUGAACUGCCCAAGCGCCUGAGCUUCUUCUGGGUUUCAUAUCAGGGGACUAAUAUCAUCGCUGCAUUCCUCGCUUUCGGAAUCCUGAGGCUUCGGGGCCAUAAUGGAAUGGGAGGCUGGCGUUGGCUUUUCGCCAUUGAGGGCACCAUUACCGGCAUCAUCGGUAUAAUUUCGUACUUUUAUCUCCCCCCUUCGCCAACGCAGACUGCUAGUAAGUUCCGCGGCAAGGAUGGAUGGUUCAACGAGCACGAGGAAAAGAUCAUGGUCAAUCGCAUACUGAGGGACGACCCCAGCAAAGGUGAUAUGCACAAUCGCCAAGCUCUCUCGAUUAAAGCCAUCGGUCGCUGCCUAGGGGAUUACCAUAUGUGGCCACUGUAUCUAAUCGGUCUCUCUUGGCUGAUUCCCAAUAACCCUAUGCAAGCGUACCUGACGCUCCAGCUUCGCUCAGUCGGAUUUAAGACCUUUGAAACGAAUUUGCUCACCAUUCCAGCGUACACCUUGUUCAUCCUUCAAUUACUCUUCUGGACCUGGCUCAGUGAGCGCUGGAACGAGCGCUUUCUAACAGCAAUGGUGAGCCAAAUUUGGACUUUACCGAUUCUCAUUGCCCUCGCGGUGCUACCAAAGACAACGGGCCCGUGGGUUAAGUGGGCGCUGAGUUGCUUGCUUGUGGGUCAUCCCUACAUGCAUGCUAUUCUCGUUGCGAUGGGUUCCAGGAACGCGGGUACUGUCCGAACACGAACGGUAGCUUCGGCACUAUACAAUAUGAGCGUCCAGGCCAGCUCGAUCAUUGCCUCCAACAUCUACCGCAACGAUGAUAAGCCUCUCUAUCGUCGCGGUAACCGCGUGCUCAUCGGCAUCUGUGUGUACAACAUCUUCGUUUUUGUCGGCGCAAAGCUCUACUACGUCCAUGUCAAUGUGAAGAGAGACAAAUCCUGGAACGCGAAGACGUCAGAGGAGCGGCAGCACUACCUAGCUACCACUACGGACAAGGGAAACAAGAGACUGGACUUUCGCUUUGCACACUAAUCCAUCAUCUUACUGGAGAUCAACUCGCGCAGGUGUAGGACACAGCAUGGAACCAGACGGGCAAACCACAGGAUAACAUUCGCUUAAGUGGUACGAUCGCAUUAUAUACGCAUAUUUUG